ACCUGUACCAGUCUCUGGUUCUUCCCUCCACACAGGAAGCAGCCUCACACAGAGGGAGACCGACUCCAGACUACUUUUUUAACAGAUCUUACAGGAUGAACAAUGACUACACAGAGAUUAGUCCCUCUGAUCCCUCUGUCGACGCCUACACCACUCCCCUGAUCGCCGUGAAGUCCGAGAUCGGAUACCAGCACAAGAAGCGUCGCUACGUCCGCAAAGAUGGCAACUGCAAUGUCCUGUUCCGCCAUGUUCCUGAGGAGUGGCUCAUGUACGUCACCGACAUCUUUACUACGCUGGUGGAGAUAAGGUGGAGAGUUAUGUUCCUCAUCUUCACCCUCUCCUACACCCUCUCCUGGCUCUUCUUCGGCAUCCUCUACUGGGUGAUCGCCCUGGCUAACGGCGACAUUAAGGACCCUACUAACGCCCCUUGUAUGUACGAGGUGAGGGACUUCACCGCGGCUUUCCUAUUCUCACUGGAGACCCAGACCACAAUCGGUUAUGGUUUUAGAGGGAUGUCAGAGAACUGCAUGGUGGCAAUCAUCGUCGUAACCGUGCAAGAUGUCAUCAGCUGUUUUAUUGAUACAUUUGUCAUCGGUAUCGCUGUGGCAGAGAUGGCAUCGACACGGAAACUGACGCAGACGGUAGGCUUCAGCAACUGCGCUGUCAUCAACUUGCGAAAUGGCCGUUUGUGCCUGUCAUGGAGGAUCGGGGACUUCCGCCAGCACCACAUGGUGGAGGGGACGGCUCGUGCUCAAAUCUUCCGCCCCACCAUGCACGCCACUGGGAGGGUGGACAUCAACUACAAGGACCUGGAAAUCAAACAGAGUGAUAUUCUUUUAGCCAUACCAACCACUAUCUUCCACAUUAUUGAGCCCGGUACUCCACUCUACCGCAUGAGCCUGGAGGAUCUUCGGAAAGACGACUUUGAGCUGGUGGUGUCCUUCACCUACACGGACGACUCGACGGGCAUCCUGCACCAGACUCGCACCUCCUACACACCCGACGAGAUUCACUGGGGACAUCUGUUCCAAGAUAUGCUGAAUGUAAACCUGAAAUACUACAAGGUAGACUACUCCAUGUUCCACCACACUGCUAAGGUCCUGGUUCCGGAGGUCAGCGCAGAAGAGUACGAUCAAAUUAAGCUUCGGCGUUCCCCGCGCCACUCCCCGCGCCACUCCCCGCGCCACUCCCCGCGCCACUCCCCGCGCCACUCCCCGCUCCACUCCCCGCUCCACUCCCCGCUCCACUCCCCACACCCCAAUCGCCCAAGCAUUAAUUGCAAACCCCCGAUGGUGACUGUGGAACUGGUAAACGGCACCACAGAACCUGAGGUACAUGCAGCCACGGUUGCUACUAUCGCAGCAGUUUGCGAGGACCAAGGACAUUUGUGUAUUCCAAGGAACCCCAUUCUGACGUAGAUGUUCUGCUGACAUGGCAAUACCAACACAAUUUCAUUGUAACUGGCCAAUGGUCAUUCAGAAACAUGGCCAUUGCAGUCUGCCUUUACUAUUGUCCAGGCUCUGUACGCUGAAGUUGCUUUCAAAUGCUGAAAAGACAAAGUUGAUUGUUUUCACGAUAUCUAAGAUGAAACCUCAGACUCUUCCACAUAAAGUCAAUGUGCAGGACAAACAAAUAGAAAGACUAGCAACUAAGAAGUACUUGGGUUUCUCGAUAGAUGAAUGUCUCACCUUUAAACCCCACAUUGUACGUAUUGUACUUGGGUUUCUCGAUAGAUGAAUGUCUCACCUUUAAACCCCACAUUGUACGUAUUGUACUUGGGUUUCUCGAUAGAUGAAUGUCUCACCUUUAAACCACACAUUGUACGUAUUGUACUUGGGUUUCUCGAUAGAUGAAUGUCUCACCUUUAAACCACACAUUGUACGUAUUGUACUUGGGUUUCUUGAUAGAUGAAUGUCUCACCUUUAAACAUCAUAGGUCUUGUGAAAAAGCUUAAGCUCAAGUUUUUAUUUUGGUAUUAAGUCAUGUUUUUCAUUAGAAGCGAGAAAGAGGCUUGUUUCCACUACUUUCUUACCUGUAAUUGAGUCUGGUGAUAUCCUGUACAUGUAAGCCCCUGUGAUGUCAUUACGUAUGCUGGACUGUGUACCCUGUGAUGUCAUUACGUAUGCUGGACUGUGUACCCUGUGAUGUCAUUACGUAUGCUGGACUGUGUACCCUGUGAUGUCAUUACGUAUGCUGGACUGUGUAUCCUGUGAUGUUAUUACGUAUGCUGGACUGUGUACCCUGUGAUGUCAUUACGUAUGCUGGACUGUGUACCCUGUGAUGUCAUUACGUAUGCUGGACUGUGUACCCUGUGAUGUCAUUACGUAUGCUGGACUGUGUACCCUGUGAUGUCAUUACGUAUGCUGGACUGUGUACCCUGUGAUGUCAUUACGUAUGCUGGACUGUGUACCCUGUGAUGUCAUUACGUAUGCUGGACUGUGUACCCUGUGAUGUCAUUACGUAUGCUGGACUGUGUACCACGGAGCACUGCAGUUUGUUACUAACUCCAAAGCCCUCACUCAUCAUUGUACCCUCUACAUGAGAGUGGACUGGUCUUCCUUAGCUCUUCGCAUAUGAAGUCAUUGGUACGUUUCUAUUUAUAAGGCCAUAUUGAGACAGCUCCCAUUUUACUUGUGUAACUACAUUGUCCAGCAGACAAAUGAAAACUAUCGCCUGCGCUCACAUGACUGUGUUUUGUUGAUUGUGCCAAAGGCCCCGUACAGAGCUAGGUGAAAAUGCUUUCCGGUUCUCUGCUCCUUCCGCUUGUAACAAGUUUCAAAAGGCCCUGAAAUUACAGGAGCUCGGCUCUUUAAAUGAGUUUAAAGCUUAAUAGGUUAAAUUGUAUAAUGGAAAAUGAGUUUAAAGCCACGUUAAACUCUAUGAUAUAAAACGAAGUAGGGGGCUGUCAAUGUUUUGACUGCUAGUUUUACCACACUUUCCCAAACCAUCUUGCUGUUCAAUGUGUAAAUAGAUUUUUUUUUAACUGUAGUGCUUUGUGUUUUAUGUUUUAAAUGUGUCUGCAACUUUG